GAUACUAAUUUCACAUGUAAGCAAAUAACAAGUUAUUUGCAUAUGUAUGCGUGUACAAUUGUUCAUAACUCAUGCGAUCAUAUUAGUUGAAAAAAGAAAGAAAAACAAUGGCAUUUUUAUGACCGCAGUCCAAAUUGACAAAUAGAUUUAUUCGGUUACUGUGCAUUGAGUGCGAAAAACUACACGAAAACGAGACAAGAAGAAACGAAAAAAAAGAAGUUUUUAUCAAGAUGAGCGUUGCAACAAAUGAAGAAAUCGACAAUUUGGUCAAUCGUCCUGAAGUUUUAUUAAUUGAUGUACGUGAUCCACCUGAAAUCAAAAGCACAGGAUCUCUACCAACAGCAAUUAAUAUCCCAUUGGGCACGUUGGAAGAAUCGUUGAAACUUCCGGACGAUGAAUUCAAGGAGCGUUUUGGUCGCGAUAAACCGGGCAACGACACCGAAGUAAUAUUCUCAUGUCGUCUUGGCGGACGAGCGGCAAAAGCAGCUGAAGUGGCAAAAACGCUUGGACUCGAAAAUAGUCGCGUUUAUCAAGGCUCUUGGGCCGCAUGGGCUGAAUUUAAAAAUCUCAGUUAAAAGCAAUGCCAAUUUUUUUUUUUUGGGAAAAA